AUGAGCGGUGAAAUCAAAACUAUCGCCCGUGCCCUUCACUCUGCGGGCCACAACACCCUUCCCAACGGCGAUCUUACUUUCAUCGACAUUCAGGGCCGUCGUCUGGUCGAGAGGGUCUACGAUGGCGAGGAGCUCAAGGACCAGCGGAUGGUUGCCGCUGGACUGAGGGAGCACUCAACUGCAGCUUACGCUGUGGCCAAAGACAGGAUCUUCGCUGUAUACAUCAAUAGUGAUGGUCUUAUCAAGGCUAGUGAGUAUGAUGAGGAUUCUGAGGAGUGGGAUGAAGCCGAGCUCGAAGGCCUCGGUGACGUGUCUGUCCAUGAUCAAGGGCACGUCACUGUCGCAGGGCUCCCUAGCAUGAACUUGGUCGUGUAUCAGGCGCCUGAUGGUGCUAUCAAGACAAUCAAGCACGAUAAGGAUUCCGAUAUGUGGACUGAGGAAUUUGACAUCCCUGGAUCCGCAGCAACUGGAACUCCAAUUGCUGGGUUUUCGACCGACGAGGCUCUCAUUGUGAGCUUCUUCGGAGAAGAUAACGAGAUCCACGUUCACACUCGGGACUUUGAGUCCGGUGACUGGACUGAGGACACUCUCCCUGAUUCCUCUUUUGACGAUACCGUCAAUAGCCUCAUCGUCGCCAAAGACAAAGACAGCGGCAACUUUGAGGCCUACGUCUUGGCCAAUAACACGGUCUACAACAUUACCAAGACCGGGUCUCGCGACACCGUCGGUUCUUUCAGCCAAGAUGGAGACUUUGUGCCCUCUACUAAAGCCGAGUCUGGUGGAUGCUACGGCAACAACUGGGGCAACUAUUGCGGUGGUGGCUACAGAUGCUAUAGAGGCUAUCCUAUGGAUCAAUUAGUUAUUCAGACUCCCUAG